UCCUCACAUGCUGUCCCACCUCCCCUGCCAAAACCAUUUUAGAAAUGACUAUCCUGGUGGUCUGUUUACAAGGUCAAAGAGCCUGGAAUCUUCUAGUUAACUUUCUGCUUUUUGACUUGCUGCUUGUGGUUCUGCCUCUUUCUGCAAAUCUGGAUCUGUGGGUCAGGAGCACUAUGGGGAGAAGCUCAGAGUGAGGCUUAGGGUGCAGGAUGGGACUGAUGGGUGAUGUCUGCCAUGGCUUGUGAACAGGGAGUGGUGGCUCAGGGGGCAUCAGAUUGCCUUGUGGGCUGAGUGCAUCUCCAGAGGGCUACUUAGCUUAGCUCAGGUCCUCCGUGAAAAGAUCUCAACCAAGAACCUACUGGAGGUUCUUUUUGGUGUGAGGGGGAAUAGAAUACAAAGAUGUCUCCACUCCUUGACCCAAAUUCUACUCUCAAGAUUACAAGCUCAUAGUCCAGGAAGCAGGGUGAGGAAUGGAUGCAAGGAAGGUAGACAGUGAUCCAUGCAGUAGGACUCAAUGAGUUUCAUCCACCUGGAGGUGUAAGGUAAAGAGAAACCAGAGAAUACUUCCUGGAGGAGGUGGCUUUUGAUAGAGGGCCUGAAAAAAAUAAGAUUUGGGCAAAGAAACAUAGCCCACAGCCCAGAACUCCGGAAAACUAUCUUGCAGCCAAGGGCUACCAAGCACAGAGGGGGACUAGGAGAAGAAAUGUGGAAGGAAGUUCCCAUGACAUCCUUCCUACCACAAGACAUAGUGCCAAGAGCCCAGCCUGCUGUGAAGCAAGACAAGAGAGUCACCUUGGUCUAUUACCGGUGGAUUGCUCAUGCCAGUCAAACAGGGUUUUUUUUUAAUGUGAUGGUCUGGCCUUCAUGGUAGUAAAGUGUCAGCUGAGGAUGAGUGGAGAGCUUUUCUACCUGCCUCAGUUCUCAGAAGAGAUUUGGACAAGACAAGCAUGGAAUCCUGUAAGAAUCCUAUUAACAAACUCUACUGAAUAUUUCCUACCUUUCAUUAGCCAGGCCCAGCACCAUACAUUUAGUAAAUUUUGACCACUUGAUUGCACAACAAUGUGAUAUGGAUAGUAUUUCUCCCAGUUUACAGAUGAAUGAAACAGAGACUCAGAUAGGUGAAGUAACUUGCCCAACAUCACACAGCCCAUAAGGUACAGAGCUGGAUUUGAAUCCAGGGAGAUCUGGUUGCCAAGCCUGUGACAUGGGGAAGCCGAAAUGGUGAGUUUCCAGGAGAAGACCUAAGACGUGACCCAGUCAAUCCACCUACUUCAAAGAUGAGAAAAGAAAGACCCAGGAAGAAGGGACCUGCCCAAAGUCACUCAGUAGCAGAACAGGGACUGGAACCCAGGCAUCCCCAUGCCCAGUCAGAGAUCAAAAUAAUGGCUCUUGGCCUCCAAUCUCAGCUUCUCACUGCAGGUGUAUCAGGGCCGUACCCUGUCUUACUUCACGCAUUGUCCCGGGUGCCUUCAGGCUUUCAACACAGCAGCACGGAGGGACCAGCUGUGACUGUAGCGUGCUUUCACUUCACGUUUUCAGUUCAGAUUGGAAAAACCCCAGGUGUAUCUUUCCCUGAGAGUUUCCCAGCACUCAAGUUUCCCUUCCCAGACACCAGGCAGGAGUCAGGGCUCCAGGCCCCGGAUCCCCACCGCAGCAUGGACGCACUCUCUGGGGAAAGAGCGUCAGAUAGCCUGGGGGGCAUUGGCAUUUUUCUUAGGUGGGGAAAGCACUCGGUUGGUUGGUUCUCUUUUAAUAUUACAUUUGUACAGUAUCAGGUCACAGAAUAUUUUUGCAUGCCUCGGUGGCUUCUAAUAUUUGGAACUCCACUAACACAUUGAUUUAAAAAAAAAAACAAACGAACCAUAUCACCCUAACAAACACACAGACAUAAAGUCUUACUGUAAAGAUUAAAGAGCCAUGGUGGCAAUCGUCAGAUGAUUCGGUUUUCCCAAGGAGAAUGGGACAGGCAUUGUCACUGUCAUUUCACAAAUGAGAAGAGGGGCUCAGAAAGUUGAAGGGACUUACCCAAAGUCACAUGACAAGCCAUGGCAGAGGUGGAAGUGGAAGAGCUGUGCAGCGCAGCAAACACUGAGUCUUUCUCUGGGCUGGGCAUUUGGACAAGUCCUCGCCCUAGAGGAACUCAUCUGGAAGCCAGAAGCUCUGACUCCAAAAGGGAUUUCUAUCUGCUCAGAGGGAAGGCAGGCCGGGAGCUGGGUUUCCUGUUGCUCUGUGCAUCCUGUUGUCGGAUGUUGUCUUGUUAGGACCUCCAUUCAAAUGACUGCAUUUCCUGCCCUGAUUUAAUUUGGACAGAAACCACAGGUUGGUGGCCACGCCAGGCCUGGGUGAGGCACAAAUGCGGGCCACUGCCACCCCAGCAUUCCUCUUCUAGGCUGGACUCUGUGUGGGAGUUUUAUUAUGAUGCAUGUGAAUGAAAUUCUGCUUGAAGUGCACUGUGAUUUCUGAAUCUGAGGAGUUGUGUCCAAGAGAACUCUGGCAAGGGCCUCUUGGCAAGCCCAGCAGAAGCUGAGGGACCCUCCCCAUGGAGCGAUGCUGGGAGACAGAGGCAGCCAAUGGCUCCCGGGAUGGCUUGGAUUUCAACCCCAUGAAGGAUUACAUGGUCCUGAGCAAUUCCCAGAAGAUAGCUAUCGCAGUGCUGUGCACCUCCCUGAGCCUGCUUAGCGCCCUGGAGAACCUUGCUGUGCUCUACUUGAUCCUGUCCUCACAUCGGCUCCGCAAGAAGCCCUCGUACCUGUUUAUCAGCAGCUUGGCUGGGGCUGACUUUCUGGCCAGUGUGAUCUUCGCCUGCAACUUUAUAAAUUUCCACGUCUUCCACGGUGUGGAUUCCAAAACUGUCUUCCUGCUGAAGAUUGGCAGCGUGACUUUGACCUUCACAGCCUCUGUAGGCAGCCUGCUCCUGACCGCCAUUGACCGCUACCUCUGUCUACGCUACCCACCUACAUACAAAGCGCUACUCACCCGUGGGAGGGCACUGGUGACCCUUGGCACCAUGUGGGUCCUCUCAGCAUUGGUCUCCUACCUGCCCCUCAUGGGAUGGACUUGCUGUCCCAGGCCCUGCUCUGAGCUUUUCCCCCUGAUCCCCAAUGACUAUCUGCUGGGCUGGCUCCUGUUCAUCGCCAUCCUCUUCUCUGGCAUCAUCUACACCUACGGGCAUGUCCUCUGGAAGGCCCAUCAGCAUGUAGCCAGCUUGGCUGAGCACCAGGACAGGCAAGUGCCAGGAAUGGCCCGGAUGAGGCUGGAUGUGCGGUUGGCCAAGACCCUGGGGGUGCUGGUGGCUGUGCUCUUCAUAUGCUGGUUCCCGGUUCUGGUCCUCAUGGUCUACAGCCUGGCCACCACUCUAAGUGACCAGGUCAAGAAGGUCUUCGCCUUCUGCUCCUUACUCUGUCUUGCUAACUCAAUGGUCAACCCCAUUAUCUAUGCCCUGAGGAGUAGGGAGAUUCGCAGCUCGGCAGACCACUGCCUGGCCCGCUGGAAGAAGCGCCUGAAGGGCCUCGGGCCUGAAGGAAAGGAAGACUUCCCGCGGUCUUCAGUCACUGAGACAGAGGCUGAUGUGAAAAUCACCCAGGGGCCAGACUCCAGAGUUCUAUAUUGCUCUGAUCGCUGAUGAGGCCUCCUUCACAGUUUUAAACAAGCCAAGUCAGAAAUCAUUUCACUCCCUGGACAAGAUUUUGUGGCCUUGACCCUCUUAUCUUGCUUAAACCAACCCCAGAGGUCUGAACACUUAUCCCCUUCUACUGAUGAGUGUUGGCACUGACCCCUGAAGGGUAGCCUGGCCAUGCCCAUCUGCACACAGUUUAUGAGGGGUGGUAAGGUGGGAGGAGGCAAGAGGUCUGAGACAGGCUCAGUGCAGGUCAGGACAACCGUCCCAACAUGUCAGCUUAGAGCCUGCAUUCUCCAGAGCCCACAGGAGCCAGGAGGAGCUUUCAGGCUCAGCAGUGAGGGACUCAGAGGAAAUCUGAGAACAUCAUUCUCCUGGGGUUUCAGGGUAUCAGAUGGGAUGGCUGGCCAGCCCUUCUUCCUGCUUAAUUGUUGGGGCCACCUUGGUUCUGGAGCUAUGAAAGUCCCUACCUCCUGGUCACUCUUUCCCAGAGAGGACCAAGAGCUGUGACGCCAUGAGGAUCAAGCGUGUUAAUCCACCUCUUGCAGAGGUAACUGACAAGCCUCCAGCUCAGGGCAUCUUAUUAUUACAGCAGUGGCCCUCUCUGACACUCUGAUAAUCACAACUCACAACCAUUGUGUCCUUUUAGGUACCUGGGUAAUACAGAGGUGGUUGAAAUCACUUGAGACACAGAAUCCUCAGAGAAUUUUACUCAUCUUGUGAAGUCCUACUUGGAGGUACCCCUGGAAGCAGGCAGUGUCCCAUUCUAACCCAAUUCCAAGAAAAAGGAAGAUAUUCACAAAGAUUUUAUUAUCCCCAAAUUGUUCCCAACCAUCUCUCAAUUCAGCUCCUUUGUCUCCUCCACACCUUUAUACCCUUCAGUGAAUUAUAAACAAAGCUAAUAGGAGGAGAGGAAAGUUCCCUUACUAUGUGCCAGGCAUAGGACUGACAUCUCACAGUUCAUUAUUUCCAGCAAGAAAACAGCCCCAUGUUUUGAAGAUUCCAGGACACCCAUAUUUUGCAUAUCAGGGAGGCUGAGUUCCUACUAGAAGGGCUUAAAACAGUAGGCAAGAGAAAUUGUUGAUGGAGGGAAGGAUUGCAGAGGAAUUCUAAUGCAAUUCUUUGGGACCACAGAUGGAAUAAAAUGAAAGAUAUUGAUUAA